CUUAAUAAAUGACAGUUGACACUAUUGACAGAUUUUCUGCAUUGGCGUGACGUUGAGCCUGUUUACUUUUUAUUAUAAAUAAUGAAAAAAAUAAGAAUUUUGUUUAAGUAACACAUGAAGGAUAGAUUUCAAACAACUAAACGUUUAGUAGUGGUUGCGCUUUUUUUGCUUUUUAUUUGGGCAUGCCAACAACUUUCUGGAGAGUAAACCGUUUAUAGUUUCAUUUCAUAGUUUCUACCAAUAGUUUAGACAUGGCCAAGCAUAAAGUAUCCUAUUUUUUUAAUCCAGAUGUAGGCAAUUUUCAUUAUGGCACUGGUCACCCAAUGAAGCCUCAUCGACUUUCUGUUAUUCAUAGCCUUAUAAUGAAUUACGGGCUUCACAAAAAGAUGCAGAUCUAUAGGCCCUAUAAAGCUAGUGCACAUGAUAUGUGUAGAUUUCAUUCCGACGAAUAUAUUGAUUUUUUGCAAAAGGUUACUCCACAAAAUAUUCAAGCAUAUACCAAGCACCUUAGCCAUUACAAUGUAGGCGAUGAUUGUCCUGUUUUCUAUGGUUUAUUUGAUUUUUGUUCAAUGUACACAGGUGCUUCAUUGGAGGGGGCUAUGAAGUUGAAUAAUAAUGAUUGUGAUAUUGCCAUAAAUUGGUCAGGAGGACUGCAUCAUGCAAAGAAAUUUGAAGCAUCUGGUUUCUGCUAUGUUAAUGACAUAGUUAUCGCUAUAUUAGAAUUGCUUAAAUAUCAUCCUAGGGUUUUAUACAUCGAUAUUGAUGUUCAUCAUGGGGAUGGAGUACAAGAAGCAUUUUAUUUGACUGAUAGAGUUAUGACUGUUAGUUUUCACAAAUAUGGGAACUACUUUUUUCCAGGAACAGGAGACAUGUACGAAGUAGGUGCUGAAAGUGGAAGGUACUACUCUGUUAAUGUUCCUUUAAAAGAAGGUAUAGAUGAUGCAAGUUACUGGCAAGUUUUUAAGCCAGUAAUUUCUGCAGUUAUGGAAUUUUACCAACCUACAGCUAUUGUGCUUCAAUGUGGAGCAGAUUCUCUAGCCAUGGAUAGAUUGGGCUGUUUCUCUUUGAGCACAAAAGGUCAUGGCGAAUGUGUAAAAUUUGUUAAAAACCUAAAUGUACCUACAUUGGUGGUAGGAGGUGGUGGUUAUACAUUAAGAAAUGUUGCUAGAUGCUGGACUUACGAAACCUCCCUAUUAGUAGACGAACAAAUUUCCAAUGAAUUGCCUUUUACUGAAUAUUUAGAAUUUUUUGCACCCGAUUUUACAUUGCAUCCAGAUGUAGUCACUAGACAGGAAAAUGCCAAUAGCAAACAUUACCUAGAAGCUAUUACAAAAUUUACUUUCGAUAACUUAAAGAUGUGUCAGCAUUCGCCUAGUGUGCAAAUGCAUGAUGUGCCGGGUCCGGCUCUGACUGAAGAUGAAAAAAUGAAAGAAGAAGAUGACCCAGACGUUCGCAUUAGCCAGGAUUUGGAAGACAAAAUGGUCGAACCGAAAAAUGAAUUUUAUGAUGGUGAUAAAGAUAAUGAUAAAGACGAUGUUAAAACAUAGGUUAAUAAGUGAAAGAUGGUUAUAAAAAAAUGCCAAGUAUAUUUGAAAUAAACGAUAAUAAAUUAAGAUUUUUGUUUGUUUGUUUUUUUUUUUAAUAUAAAAUUAUUUAAAUAAAUAAUUUGGAUUUUUACACUUGGCAUUUUUAUUCCAAAUUAUAUCUAAUUUUGUACAGUAAUUUUAUUUUUUUAUUUUUGUAAUUGUAGUUAAAAGUUAACAGCACCGUCCAAUUAUAAUUUUAAAAAUAAUAUAAACCAAAAAUACUUAAGAGAUUUUUCAUAAUUCUUUGAUUUGCAGUAAUUGUUUUAAACAUUAUGAUAUAGGUAUUUUAAUUGACAAUUUUUUUAAAUGAAAUAAAUAGUUUUAAUAUCGAUUUCUAGUUUUUUU